AUGGUAAUGAUUAGUAUUGCUAUCGGUAUUGCUAUUAGUAUAGGCAAUGGUAAUGGUAAUAGUAAUGACAAUGGAAGUGGUAAUGGUAAUGGUAAUGGUAUUGGUAUCGGUGACGGUAAUAGUAAUGGUAAUGGUAAUGUAACGGUAAUGGUAUUAGCAUUUGUAUUGAUAUUUGUACUGGUAUUGGCACUGUUUUCUACUACUUUAUAUAUAAUCCAUGAACCUAAAAUAAUAAAGAUGGUUGGACAGAAACUUAUGCCGUACAUAACCUACCCCUUCUGGGGCGGCAACCGUCCGGCGGCGUGCGGCCGUCCUGGGUUCGAGCUCAUCUGCCGAGGCGGCGAUGUACCUAUGCUGAAAAUCUCGCCUUCAUUAUCCUACCGUGUGGAGGAAAUCGAUUUCACUGCCAACACUCUCAGGGUUGCGAGAGAAGACCUGUGGAACACCACUUGCCCGGAAAUCCUCCAGAACACAACCAUAGAUAUCGUCGGCCGCCGCUUCGAGUACUCGCCGGAGUCGAAAGACGAGAACGUCACUCUCUAUUUCGACUGCGAUCAUGACGCUGUUUCCGGUUACUGGAAUAGUUUCGUCUGCAGAGACGGCCGCGUUGGUGUCUUCGUGGUGGCGGCGCAGCCGCCGUCGUCCGCGGCGGAACCACCGCCGGCGUGUAAGAAGAAUAUUUAUGUUCCGGUGAGCCAAGCGGCGGCUCGGUCGUUGCGGAAUCUCACGAUCGCGUCGUCCGUAAGUGUUCUGCAGAAGGCUCUUACGUCUGGGUUUUCCAUCCGGUGGUCGGUGGAUGUAAACCAGUUCAAGUACCCCUAUUGCAACGGUGAUGUUUACCGUAAUUGUGGCCGCCCCUGCACUCUUCUGAACCAUUGCAACCGCGGCGGCGGCGGGGAUGAAGAUGUCUUUCAAGUAGGCAAAGGUCCGCCUUCUAGUAUAGCACCGACUCCUCAACGUUACUCUGCAAAUGACGGUAUAUAUACACACCUAUCCUCUCAAUCCCUUUUUCUUUCUUCUUAAGGUUC